GGCGACAGUCGAGUCAGUCUGGUCAGGUUCGAGACCUUUGACGGUUGAAGCGGAGGCUCCGCGCGUUAAUUUUAAAAUAAAUACCCGGAGCGCGCCCGGUUCGUAUGUAAAUCGGAGGGAGGAUUCAUCCCCGGAGAGACCCCUAGGGAUUUUGAACCGCGAGGAGGAGACGAAUUCACUCAAAAAGGGCGGAGGCGGACACCAGGCGCCGAAUCAAUUGAUGGGAAGAAAAUAAAUCAGGAUUAAAAAAUAACAUGGGACUCGUGGGAAAUAAGAUGAAGAUAGAAAUCAUCGCUAAAUUAAAUUAGAGACAAGAAGAAUAGAAGAAUUUCAAUAAUAAUAAAUUUGUACGCGUCUGUAUUUUGGUAUUGAUCCGGUUAACCAAAACGUGCGAUUGCUAACGAGCUGCGAUCUCCUUUUGUGAAUAAUAUUGAUAUUAAUAAUAAUUAUUCGCACGAACUUGGCAACUGAGAAGGCCCUCCACUUUUCGUAACGCCUGUUCUAGAAACGAUUAUUUCUAAUUAUUUUUUCCUUCGUCAUGAGUUGAUCCGAAUCGCUCGCUAUUAAACUAUUUAAAAUCAGCAUAAUCGUCCCGACAGAAACCACCGGCAACCGACUGCGAAAAGCUAAAAUUAAAACAAAAAAAAAAAACGAGAUAAGAUUUCUAAGGGUAAUUAGCCCAGGUGUGAGAAAAAAAUUGAAAUAAAAUUGCUCAAAGAACGAAAACUAUUCGAUUGAAUAAAAAUCGUCAAAAUGGAAUUCAACUUCAACGUCAACAACCUACUGCCAAAGAAAAUCAACAAAAUUUCGCACACCCUGAUGAUCGAAAAUUUCAGAGGAGAUCGACGCGAGUACGCAGAAUCUCAAAGACAACUGACCAGGAUUCUGGACGAAAUGGGCGAGGCGUCCGCGAAGGCCCAGGGUCUGAGCAAAAGCAUAACCAGUGCUCAAAAAUUGAGGGACACCGAUCAUCUCGUUUAUCUUCUCGUCGACGCUGAAGCGAAUCGGGGCAAGGGGUCCGUGGUGGGCCUGCUGAAGACCGGGUCAAAAAAUUUAUUCAUGUUCGACGAAACGGGUGGUUGUUAUCAACUGCAACCGAGAUGUGUCCUGGAUUUUUACGUCCACGAGUGUCGUCAGCGUACGGGAUGGGGUAAAUUUCUCUAUCAACAUAUGCUGGCCGAGGAGAAAAUCCAGCCGGUCAAAAUAGCGAUCGACAGACCGUCCGACAAAUUUUUAGCAUUUUUAAAAAAACACUACGGACUCACGAGGAUCAUACCGCAGAACAACAAAUUCGUCGUGUUUCAAGGAUUUUUUGAUAACGAAAUUCAAGACGCCAGAGGCAGCCGGUACGAGUUGUCGCCGAAACCCUUCGACAGUCCCUCCCCGAAUAACAACAACUACGGUAACAUCAACUCGAGCAUAAACGGUGCUGGCUACACCCCCGGAAUAAAUUCUAGAAACGCUUACGGGAGAUACGCCGCUGCUCGGCCGCAGUGUUCUAUGGGGGAUAUAAUUCACAAUACCGCUGUCCUGGGGCAACCACCUGAACGAACUGGUUCCAGCUGCGUAGCUCCCCUGCAAUUUUCGGCACCCAGACCAGAGAGGCCGCGCUCUUUGUCUCUCUACUCCGAAGAGGAGCAGAAGCAGAGGACAAGUGCGUUAUCGACGGUACCAACACCCGCGAUUCCAGAACAUCAGCCAACGCCUCUGAUACCGACCUUGGAGCUCCUCCAGGUGGACGCCGAAAGGGCGGAGAGAGAACGUAACAACGCCAACAAUCCUGCGGUAAAAAAGUCGCAGUCGCCAUCCCCUUCGUGUGCCCAGGAAGUGGGAGGCAACGAAGCAGGUCAUUUGGAUUUGAAAUUCUAUCACUCGCCCCUGUGGUAGAAAUUAAAGUUCGAAUGAUUUCGUUAAUUUGUAUCAUCGUCGCGUACACGCCCGGGUAAAAUUAUCAGCCUGACGAAUUGAAACGAAAAGAAAAUGCAACUAGACCAAAUGAAAUUCAAUAGAAGUACAGAGCUUACUUGCAAAAUUUGCGGCGUUUUGUUUUUAUCUUCCAAUUAGGAAUGUAUCUGGUCCGGCUAGACGUCUGUAAAUUUAUAGAUUCACCGAUGGUAGAGGCGAUGGCACACGAAGUACACGCCACUAGAAAAGCACUGCAAUAGUUUAUAGAGUAUUAAUAAUCAAUGAAGCAUUAGUUAAUUGAAUUAGCCGUUAGAAAUUGGCAAUAUUUAUAGGUAACCAUGACUUGAUAGUCGUGUUCAAACGUAGGUACGACUAACGAAAAGAAAACGUUGCUUCCAUACGUAAUUAAUCUCUUCCAGGCGUACGUCGUAUUAAAUAAAUUCGACCAAUUGAUCAUAGGCUUUAGAUUAAAGCGAAUUGUAUUCACUGACGAAAAUUUUCACGAAUUAUUUUUCAGAAAAUUUAUGCCCAACAAGGGAUUGUUCCACCAAGAUUACAAAAAUCAUGUGUAGAUGUCAAACAUGCCGAGCCAUUUUCGUACUUUGUUCCAAAGUUCGUACGACAAAUGCUUGUCGAGGCUAUAAAUAUAUAUGUAACAAGGUUCACUGAUUGUGAAAUAAAAUAAACGUUCGUGUAUAACGAUA